GCAAUGUUUCAUUGCCCCAUGCAUUUUUUUCUGAUGUUUACCUCAUAUCCAAAAGACUGAAAUCGAUUGUUUCAGCAAAUAACCACCUAGUGCAUCAGAAUCGUGCAUCUGAGCAGAGCCAUAGCAGAAGAAGAAUAGCUUAAGUGCCUGGAGUUAUCUCUUCUCUGCAGUAGAAAAAAUAAAAAUGGAAGGUGCACUGGCUGUUAAAACUUUGAUGAUCGUGGUGAUUGUUUCACUCUGUGGAGCUAUGCCCACCACUUUAUCCAACCAAGAGGAGCUCACUAAAGCUCAGGAAUAUCUGUCUCAGUUUUUUUCUGAAGUGGGUGUCAGUGCCCCCAACUCUACCUGGCGUAGCUCUUUAGACUCCUUUGAAGACACGCUCAGAAAAAUGCAGGAGUUUUUUGCCCUGGAGGUGACAGGACAGCUGGACUCCAACACCUUGGAAGUGAUGGCUCGCCCCCGCUGUGGUUUCACAGAUGUGGCCACAUAUGGUCACUCUGAUGGUCGGCCUAAGUGGGACAAGACUUUGCUAACAUACAGGAUAACUGACUACACACCAGACUUGAGUCAAAAUGAGGUGGAUACCGCCAUAGCCAAGGCUCUGAAACUCUACAGUGAUGUCCUUCCUCUGGAUUUCAAGCAGAUCGACAAUGGCACUGCUGACAUUAUGAUUGUGUUCAGCGCUCAAGAACAUGGAGAUUUUUCUCCAUUUGAUGGGAGGGGUGGGGUCUUGGCCCACGCAUACUCCCCCGGAGUAGGCCGUGGAGGUGACACCCACUUUGAUGAGGAUGAAACCUGGACUCUAACCUCAACAGGAAUCAACUUGUUCUUGGUGGCAGCCCAUGAGUUUGGACAUGCACUUGGAUUAGGCCAUUCUCAGGUCCAGACAGCCCUGAUGUAUCCCACGUACAAGUAUGUGAAGACAGAGGGGUACAAGCUACCAGAUGAUGACAGACAGGGGGUACAAGCUAUCUAUGGGGUCAACAUCACAUCAACUCACACAACGACAAAACCUGAUCUGAAUCCACAACCUACCAAAAAACCUGUGCCAAAACCACAACCUAUACCUAAACCAAAUCCUACUCCCACAUUGCAACCUCCUCCAGACAGGUGCAACAGGAACCUGACUUUUGAUGCUGCAACUUUCAUUCAGCGUAGUCUUUACUUCUUUAAAGAUGGACAUUUCUGGAGGAGGAGGAGCUCCUGGGACAGCAUCACCGCGAGAAGAAUUGCAUCUGUCUGGCCUGGACUCAGCAAAGUUGAUGCUGCUUAUGAAUAUAAGAAAAGCAAUAUGGCCAUUUUCUUUCAAGGGAAUCAUUACUGGCGCAUCAGUAUCAGUAGAAACACUGUCCUUCCUGGUUAUCCCAAACCUCUCAGCGACUUUGGCCUCCCUCCAUCUGUCAUCAAGGUAGAUGCCGCUGUCUAUGAGCCAUUUACGAGCAAAACCCUCCUCUUUGUGAAUGACAAGUAUUGGAGCUACAAUGAGAGAGUGCACAAAAUGGAUUCUGGGUACCCAAAAUUUAUUCACAGUGAGCUGCCUGGGAUUGGCAACAGAGUGGAUGCUGCUUUUGAGAACAAAGGUUACCUGUACUUUUCACAUGGAUCCACACAGACAGAGUACAACUACCAACGAAAAAGAGCACUUCGCACUGUGUUAAACUCUGAAUGGAUGGAUUGCCACUAAAGAAACAAAAACCCAAAAUGUACACACACAAUCAUAUACAUGUACACACAGCUUUAAGCAUGCAACAAAGCAAUUUAUUCUGCUAACUCAUCCUGAUUAGAUGAUUGUAGCUUUUCACUAGAAAUCUUAAAGGAAUUACAUAAUUUGAAAAAUAAUUACAAUGUAAAACUGUAUAAGCCUAAUGUUGUAAAGUGCCUGUUAUGUGGCUAUUGCUUUCUCUUGGACAUGCAUCAAUUAAACAUGACUUAAUAAAUGUGCAUGUGUGUGUGUGCGUGUUUGAACCAGGAUUUAAUUAUUACUGUAAGUACAUAUAUUGAGUAGGAGACUAGUCACUUUACAGUGACAGCCUACAUCAGGGGGGCUGUUGCAAAAGGGCAAACAAUCACAUAGAACCACAAGUUAUCAUCUUAAGUGCCUCACAAGGGCACUUAGGAGCAGAUGAAAAUGAGAACUUGUUUU